CAGGAGUGGGACCAGAGGGGAGUCUCCCAGCCUCACCUGCCACCAGCACCCCCUCCCUCCUCACCCUGUAGCCUAUAAUUCUCCUGAAUCUUGACCAUCCUCUCAGCCAGCUUGGACGAUGCCGCCCAACCUCACUGGCUACUAUCGCUUUGUCUCACAGAAGAACUUGGAGGACUACCUGCAAGCCCUAAACAUCAACGUGGCCCUGCGCAAGAUCGCGCUGCUGCUCAAGCCCGACAAGGAGAUCGACCAGCAGGGCAGCCAUAUCACGGUGAAGACCCUCAGCACCUUUCACAACUACAUUCUGGAAUUCGAGGUGGGAGUGGAGUUUGAGGAGGACCUGAGGCUGGUGGAUGGACGCAAAUGCCAGACCAUCGUGACCUGGGAAGAGGAGCAACUGGUGUCUGUGCAGAAAGGAGAGGUCCCCAACCGAGGCUGGAGACACUGGCUGGAGGGAGAGAUGUUGUAUCUGGAGCUGACCGCAAGGGAUGCCGUGUGCGAGCAGGUCUUCAGGAAGGUCAAGUAGCCGGAGAGCAGCCAAAUGCCCCUCCAGACAGCACCAGCCCAGGGCUCCUCCUGGGGGUGCUCCUUCCAGCCCGGGUUGACCCAGGUCAGCAGUCCCUUGCCCAGGCACUUCCCUGCCCUCAGGUCCUGUGUUAAUAUGUUAAUCGGUAACUUGCGCCCCCAGGCCACAUUCCCUUCUCUUCCCCCAUCCUCCAUCCUCCAUCCUGUAUUCAGUUCACACCCUCCUCUCCAGCUCAAGGUCUGGUCGCCUGGAUAAAAGAAACAGACCAGGGGAAAGGACCCUUGAGAAUAACCCAUCUCGACUCGUUACAGUUCAUUUGGCCUCUUCCUGUUCCAUCUAAGAAAGAACUAAGCUCCAGGUCUUUGGGGAGUACUGAAAACCCUAUCUUGGUGGGCUUUUUGGGAAACUGUGACUGGGGUUCAGGAAUUUAAACAGGAGCAACAGGCAGUCUUUCUACCCUUUUCUUUGUCCUUAUUCGUGAGAAAACCCCACUUGCUCAACAGAACUGUUAGGGGGAAGUGAUGUCCUGAGUUAAUCCCAUACAGGAUUAACUUUGUGGACUCCACCCCCACUCCAGACUAAAGCCAUCAAGACUCUGGGAAAGACAAAUCCCAUCACCACCAAGGGAGGGUGGCUGGGACCUGAGGGUGGAGUUGGGCAGCCAGGUUGGAUAUAAAAAACCAAACACGUGGGCCUGGGGCUCUCUCUGGCUCGCGAUCGCUCGCCUCCUGGCUUCACGGCUCCUGGCUGGCGGCCAGCUCUCAGAGCGCCAUUUUGGGAUUCCUAAUCGGCGGAUCGGGUAGGACGCAUUUAAAACUUUGUCUCCCACUUUUCUCCCAGAGCUGUACAUUUCCUCAUUUCCCUUUCCCUUGUAA